CAUCACUGCAACGGUGAGGAAGGGGGCGCUCGAGCCAAGUCGUUGAAUCAAAUAACCGCUUCAAGCGCAGCUCCACUGUUUACGAAAGAGCAAGGGUGAGAACAUUAAUUACGACAGUCGCGACGUCUCUAAUAGAACCAAAUUCAGGACAACGGGACACCGGCGAGCCUUGAAUUUAUCCCGGUGGUCCCUACUAUCAUCCAAAAGCAGGAGGGUCUUCCCCCUCCAACCAACCCAUCCAUUCAGGAUGUCCACUCCAGACCCUCCCAUGGGGGGUACCCCUCGACAGGGUCCUUCCCCAGGCCCGGGGCCCUCUCCUGGGGCAAUGCUUGGCCCCAGCCCUGGUCCUUCUCCAGGGGGGUCCUCUCACAGCAUGAUGGGGCCCAGCCCAGGGCCUCCAUCCUCAGGUCACCCCCUGCCUCAGGCUGGGCCCUCUGGAUACUCCCAGGAGAACAUGCACCCUCUGCACAAACCACUGGAAGGUAUGGAGAGAACUACCAUGGAGAGGACUGCCAUGGAGAGGACUAGAAAUACCAUGGAGAGGACUGCCAUGGAGAGGACUGGUAUGGAAAGGACUGGUAUGGAGAGAACUGGUAUGCAUGAGAAGGGCAUGAGUGAGGAGUCACGCUUUGCCCAGAUGAAGGGCAUGAGACAGGGAGGGCACAGUGGCAUGGGCCCUCCUCCCAGCCCCAUGGACCAACACUCUCAAGGCUACCACUCCCCACUUGGCGGCUCUGACCACUCCAGCCCCGUCCCUUCCAACGGGCCCCCCUCUGGCCCUCUCCAACCCUCUAGCGCAGGCCCAAGCCCCUCAGACACCUCCUCCAACCCGGACUCCCAAACCCUGGGGGGCCAGAACCAGUUGCACAACCGUCCCGGUGGGCCCCAGCAAAGUGGCCCCGGCCCUGUUGGCCCCGGAGGAGGCCCUACUCCUUUCAACCAGAACCAGCUUCACCAGCUGCGGGCCCAGAUCAUGGCCUAUAAGAUGCUGGCCAGGGGGCAGCCAAUACCGGACCAUCUCCAGAUGGCUGUCCAGGGGAAGAGGCCCAUGGGAUGCAGCCCAGGGAUGCCGGGUCCGGGGCCAGGGCAGGGGGGACUGGGGCAGCCCAUGCCCAGCCUGGCUCCUGGAGGUCCUGGAGGUGUGGGGCCAGGACAAGGACCAGGAGGACCCAUGGGCCAGGGCUACAGCAGAGCUCACGGGAUGAUGGGACCCAACAUGCCCCCUCCAGGCCCCUCUGGUCCAACAGGCAUGCAGGGCCAGAACCCCAACGGACCCCCCAAGUCCUGGUCUGAAGGUCCAAUGGUAAACGCCGCCGCCCCCUCUAACGCCCCCCAGAAGUUGAUCCCUCCCCAGCCGACGGGCCGUCCCUCCCCCGCUCCACCCUCCAUACCCCCCGCGGCCUCCCCAGUCAUGCCCCCCCAGACCCAGUCCCCUGGGCAACCGGUCCAGCCCCCACCCAUGGUGCCCCACCAUGCUAAGCAGAACCGCAUUACCCCCAUCCAGAAACCCCACGGACUCGACCCGGUGGAAAUACUGCAGGAGAGGGAGUACAGACUGCAGGCUCGUAUCACCCACCGUAUAGCUGAGUUGGAGAACCUCCCUGGCUCUCUGGCUGGAGACCUGAGGACCAAGGCCACCAUCGAACUCAAGGCCCUCCAGCUGCUCAACUUCCAGAGACAGCUGCGUCAGGAGGUAGUGGUGUGUAUGCGUAGGGACACAGCUCUGGAGACGGCUCUGGACGCUAAGGCCUACAAGAGGAGCAAGCGCCAGUCCCUACGAGAGGCCCGCAUCACAGAGAAACUGGAGAAACAGCAGAAGAUCGAACAGGAGCGCAAACGUCGACAAAAACACCAGGAGUAUCUGAGCAUUAUCAUGGCCCACGCCAAAGACUUUAAGGAGUACCACCGCUCCAUCACAGCUAAGAUCCAGAAAGCCACCAAGGCCAUGGCCACGUACCAUGCCAACACAGAGCGUGAGCAGAAAAAGGAGAACGAGCGCAUCGAGAAGGAGAGGAUGAGGAGGCUGAUGGCUGAGGAUGAGGAGGGCUACCGUAAGCUGAUUGACCAGAAGAAGGACAAGCGUCUGGCCUACCUGCUGCAGCAGACGGAUGAGUACGUGGCCAACCUCACUGAGUUGGUCCGGGCUCACAAGCUGGUACAGGCCCUCAAAGAGAAGAAGAAGAAGAGGAAGAAGAAGAAGCUGGAGAACGCUGAGGGUCAGACUCCUGUACUGGGACCUGAUGGAGAACCUCUAGAUGAGACGUCCCAGAUGAGUGACCUACCAGUGAAGGUGAUCCACGUGGACAGUGGUAACAUCCUGACAGGGGCGGACGCUCCUAAAGCUGGACAGCUGGACACAUGGCUGGAGAUGAACCCUGGGUACGAAGUGGCCCCUCGCUCUGACAGUGAAGACAGUGGAUCGGAAGAGGAGGAGGAGGAAGAGGAGGAGCCCCAGCCGGCAGUGCCUCCAGUAGUGGUCCUCCCAGGGUUAGUGGGGUUAGAGGAGAAGAAGAAGAAGAUCCCAGACCCCGACAGUGAAGAAGUAUCAGAGGUGGACGUACGACACAUCAUAGAGCACGCUAAACAGGAUGUGGAUGAUGAGUAUAACAGUGCAGAGGCAGCGUUCGCUCGGGGACUCCAGUCUUACUACGCUGUGGCCCAUGCGGUCACUGAGAGAGUGGAGAAACAGUCCACUAUACUCAUCAACGGACAACUGAAACAGUACCAGAUUAAAGGUCUGGAGUGGCUGGUGUCUCUCUACAACAACAAUCUGAAUGGUAUCCUGGCUGAUGAAAUGGGACUAGGAAAGACCAUCCAGACCAUCGCUCUCAUCACGUACCUGAUGGAGAACAAACGAGUCAACGGACCUUUCCUCAUCAUAGUACCGCUCUCAACUCUCUCUAACUGGGUGUAUGAGUUUGACAAGUGGGCUCCGUCUGUAGUGAAAGUCUCCUACAAGGGCUCCCCUCAGGCCAGAAGGGCCUUCAUCCCCCAGCUACGCAGCGGCAAGUUCAACGUUCUCCUCACUACCUAUGAGUACAUCAUCAAGGAUAAACAGGUCCUAGCCAAGAUCCGGUGGAAGUACAUGAUUGUGGACGAGGGCCACCGGAUGAAGAACCACCACUGUAAGCUGACCCAGGUCCUCAACACCCACUACCUGGCCCCCAGGAGAGUGCUCCUAACUGGGACACCGCUCCAGAACAAGCUGCCUGAGCUCUGGGCCCUGCUCAACUUUCUCCUGCCCACCAUCUUUAAGAGCUGCAGUACCUUCGAACAGUGGUUCAAUGCACCAUUCGCUAUGACUGGAGAGAAGGUGGAUCUAAAUGAAGAGGAGACCAUCCUGAUUAUCCGUCGCCUCCACAAGGUGCUCCGCCCCUUCCUGUUACGCAGGCUCAAGAAGGAAGUAGAGGCUCAGCUACCGGAAAAGGUGGAGUAUGUAAUAAAGUGUGAUAUGUCAGCGCUCCAGAGGGUUCUGUACAGACAUAUGCAGGCCAAGGGAGUCCUACUGACAGACGGCUCUGAGAAGGACAAGAAGGGUAAAGGAGGUACCAAGACUCUGAUGAACACCAUCAUGCAGUUGAGGAAGAUCUGUAACCAUCCCUACAUGUUCCAACAGAUAGAGGAAUCUUUCUCUGAGCAUUUAGGAUUUUCCGGAGGGAUAGUGAGUGGUCUUGACCUGUACCGAGCCUCAGGGAAGUUUGAGGUGCUGGACCGUAUCCUGCCCAAGUUGAGGGCCACCAACCACAAGGUGUUGUUGUUCUGUCAGAUGACCUCACUCAUGACCAUCAUGGAGGACUACUUCGCCUACCGCAACUUCAAGCACCUGCGUCUGGACGGCACCACCAAAGCAGAUGACAGGGGCAUGCUGUUGAAGGCGUUUAACGACCCGGCCUCCCAGUACUUCAUCUUCCUGCUCAGUACCAGAGCCGGGGGGCUGGGCCUCAACCUGCAGUCAGCUGACACCGUGGUCAUCUUCGACUCUGACUGGAACCCUCACCAGGACCUGCAGGCCCAGGACCGUGCGCACCGCAUCGGCCAACAGAACGAGGUCCGUGUCCUGCGUCUCUGCACCGUCAACUCCGUAGAGGAGAAGAUCCUGGCAGCGGCCAAGUACAAACUCAACGUGGACCAGAAGGUCAUCCAGGCCGGCAUGUUUGACCAGAAGUCAUCGAGCCACGAGCGCCGGGCUUUCCUGCAGGCUAUCCUGGAGCACGAGGAACAGGACGAGGUCGGGGCCCCGGGCGGCGUGUGGAAGUCUGGGGGGUCUUGGGAGGAGGACGAGGUGCCAGACGAUGAGACGGUCAACCAGAUGAUCGCCAGGAGCGAGGAGGAGUUUGACCACUUCAUGCGUAUGGACCUGGACAGGAGGCGUGAGGACGCUCGUAACCCCCGCCGUAAGCCCCGUCUGAUGGAGGAGGACGAGCUGCCCACCUGGAUCAUGAAGGACGACGCAGAGGUGGAGAGACUCACCUGUGAGGAGGAAGAGGAGAAGAUGUUCGGGAGGGGGUCCCGCCAGCGCAAGGAGGUGGACUACAGUGACUCACUCACUGAGAAGCAGUGGCUCAAGGCCAUUGAGGAAGGCACGUUAGAGGAGAUCGAGGAGGAGGUGCGUCACAAGAAGACCACCCGGAAGCGAAAGCGUGACCGCGAUGACCUCCCUGGCCCCUCUUCCUCCUCGGGGGGCAGGCGGAGCCGGGACAAGGACGAGGACGGGAAGAGACAGAAGAAGAGGGGACGCCCCCCCGCAGAGAAACUCUCCCCCAACCCCCCCGCUCUCACCAAGAAGAUGAAGAAGAUAGUGGACGCUGUUAUUAAAUACAAAGACAGCAGUAAUGGUCGUCAACUGAGUGAGGUCUUCAUCCAGCUGCCCUCGCGCAAAGAGCUGCCAGAGUACUACGAGCUCAUCCGCAAGCCUGUCGACUUCAGGAAAAUCAAGGAGAGGAUCCGUAGCCACAGAUACCGUAGUCUAGGAGACCUGGAGAGAGAUGUGAUGCUACUCUUUCAGAACGCACAGACCUUCAACCUGGAGGGAUCACUGAUCUACGAGGACUCCAUCGUGCUCCAGUCGGUGUUCACCAGUCUGAGACAGAAGAUCGAGAAGGAGGAGGACAGCGAGGGAGAGGACAGUGAGGAAGAGGAGGAGGACCUGGACGAAGGCUCCGAGUCAGAGUGUGAGUCAUCACUGAAGAAAGGAUCCCGCUCAGUGAAGGUGAAGAUCCGCCUGGGACGGAGAGAGAAGAGUAGUGACCGGGGGAAGGGUAGGAGACGUAUGGGACGCACCCGAGCCAAACCUGUAGUCAGCGACGACGACACUGAAGAGGAGCAGGAGGAGGAACGCUCCCCUAGUGGCACUGAUGAAGAAUCCUAAAUGGAAACUAGCUGCUUACGCCAAGGUCCAACUCUACUUCCAUUAUUACCAGGUUUUGUUCAACUCCAUUUCAUAUCUACUUGGGAAUGUGGAAUUUCACUUAAUAUUGAUGCCAAUUCCCACCCUGUUAUGUACAUUAGCACAGCUUUCAUAACAUCAACUACUGGACAUGACGCACUGCUUAGGUCUGGAAAAUAGACGAAUUCUGCCUCAUCCUGUUAGUCGAUCUAAACAACCUUGGUAAUGUAAUAUGUGUCAAUUACUAAAAGUGUUAUUUAUUAUGUCUGAUGUCUUUUGGGGGGUAAGUUGAGGCCAUAUACAGUGCCUUCAGUAAGUAUUCAUACUGCUUGACUUAUUCCACAUUUUGCUGUGUUACAGCCUGAAUUCAAAAUAUAUACUUUUUUUGGGACACCCAUCUACACACAAUACCCCAUAAUGACAAAGUGAAAACAUGUUUUUACAAAUGUUUGCAAAUGUAUUGAAAAUGAAAUAUCUCAUUUACAUAACUUGAGUCAAUACUUUGUAGAAGCAUCUUUGGCAGCGAUUACAGCUGUGAGUCUUUCCGGGUAAGUCUCUAAGAGCUUUCCACACCUGGAUUGUGGAACAUUUACCUUUUAUUAUUUUCAAAAUUCUGUCAAAUUGGAUAUUGAUCAUUGCGAGACAACCGUUUUCAGGUCUUGCCAUAGAUUGUCAAGCCUAUUUAAGUCAAAACUGUAACUCGGCCACUCAGGAACAUUCACUGUCUUCUUGGUAAGCAACUCCAGUGUAUAUUUGGCCUUCUGUUUUAGGUUAUUGCCCUGCUGAAAGGUGAAUUUAUCUCCCAGUAUUUGGUGGAAGGCAGACUGAACCAGGUUUUCCUCCAGGAUUUUGACUGUUCUUAGCUGCAUUGUUUAUUUCUAUCCAGAAAAACUCCCCCAGUCCUUAACAAUUACAAUAUGUAGAGUGGUACUCGGUAAUGGAUUUGCCCACAAAAACAUUGCAUUGCUUUUCCACAUUUUUUGUACUAUUACUUUAGUGCUUUGUUGCAAACAGGAUAUAGUUUUAUUCUGUACAGGUUUCCUUCUUUUCACUCUGUCAUUUAGGUUAGUAUUGUGGAGUAACUAGAGUGGUGUUGAUCCAUCCUCAGUUUUCUCCUAUCACAGCCAUUAAACUCUGUAACUGUUUUAAAAUCACCAUUGGCCUCAUGGUGAAAUCCCUGAGCAGUUUCCUUCCUCUCUGGAAACUGAGUUAGGAAGGACGCCUGUAUCUUUGUAUCGACUGGGUGUAUUGAUACACCAUCCAAAGUGUAAUUAAUAACUUCACCAUGCUCAAACGGUUAUUCAAUGUCUGCUUUUAUUUUUACCCAUCUACCAAUAGGUGCCCUUCUUUGCUAGGCAUUGAAAAACCUCCCUGGUCUUUGUGGUUGAAUCUGUGUUUGAAAUUCACUGCUCAACUGAGGGACGUUACAAUUAUCUGUAUGUGUGGGAUACAGAGAGGGGGUAGUUAUUCAAAAAUCAUGUUUAACACUA